UCAAGAGCCAGCUCUACUUUGGCAGAAGAACUUACAUAUGUAUCCCAGAGGAUCCUCUGGUGUUGGAAGAAGGAGAGACCUUGGAUGUAACAGCAGUGAUUAAUGCUUGCACUCUGACAGAAGCUCGAUAUUUGCUUGAUCACUUCCUUAUGAUGGGUAUCAAUAAGGGUCUCCAAGCAGCUCAGAAAGAAGCUCAGAUCAAAGUUCUUGAGGGACGCCUUAAGCAGACAGAAAUUACUAGUGCUACUCAAAACCAACUGCUGUUUCAUAUGCUAAAAGAAAAAGCUGAAUUAAAUCCUGAACUUGAUGCUUUUCUGGGUCAUGCUUUGCAAGACCUAGAUAGCAUACCACUGGAAAACUUGGAAGAUAGUACUGAUGAGGAUGCCCCAUUGCAUAGUCCUGGAACAGAAGGAAGUUCAGUAUCUUCAGAUCUCUCGAACCUUUGUGGUGAAGUCAAGCCCAAAAGCAAGGCCCGCCGCAGGACCACCACCCAGAUGGAAUUGCUGUAUGCAGCCAACAGCGACCUGGUCUCCGACAGUAGCGCUGCAGACUCUGCCUCGGCUGGCUCUGCCGCGUCAGCUGCAGAAACCCAAGAAAGUGGGGUGGCUGCUGACACACAUGAUGCUUCUGCUAGGGACAGAGAGUUUAUACCCCCACCACCUGGCUUACCUUCUAAGAUAGGCAGCAUAUCAUACCUGUAAAGUCUGGAAUCUGGUAAUUGGACAUGAGAUUUUGUCUUUAGGGGAUCAUCCAAAUAACGUAGUUUCUAUUAAAUAUUGGAACUACAAUAGGUCUUCACAGUUUCAACCUCCUAUAUCAAGGUGUGGGACAUCAGAGAUUCUGCAAAGUGCAUUCGGACGUUGACGUCUUCAGGCCAAGCUAUGCCUGCUGAUGUGUGUUCAGGAAGUACUAACAGAACAGUUGCUAUCCCAGCUGGAGAGAACCAGAUCAACCAAA